CUCGCUAGCUCGAUCGUUCAGAUGCUUCAAGGAGGCCUAAACUGCAUCAUGUCCUGAUCAAUCGGCGGUCGGGUCCAGGUGUGAAGCCGAGCCUGCACUGGCCUGCCCACCGCCCCAGAUGUUGACUCAUGUCGGCCAAGGUGAAGCUGCUGCCGUGGUGUCAACCUCGUAUGUUGCCCUUUCACUGAAAACACCACUGGACCAGUGUUAGCUUGCUGUUAGCCGACUUGUGCUAUUUGUUUAGUAACCUUACGCCCUGGACGUUUCCCUGAGAGAGAAUGCCAGCUCCGAUCAGACUGCGGGAGCUGAUCCGGACUAUCCGGACAGCACGGACCCAGGCAGAGGAGCGUGAGAUGAUCCAGAAAGAGUGUGCUGCUAUACGUUCGUCCUUCAGAGAGGAAGACAAUACAUACCGUUGCAGAAAUGUGGCAAAGCUACUUUAUAUGCACAUGUUGGGCUACCCGGCACACUUUGGGCAGCUGGAGUGCCUGAAGCUGAUUGCGUCCCAGAAGUUCACCGACAAACGAAUAGGUUAUUUGGGGGCUAUGCUGCUGUUGGACGAGAGGCAGGACGUCCACCUACUAAUGACAAACUGCAUUAAGAAUGACUUGAAUCACAGCACACAGUACGUCCAGGGCCUGGCCUUGUGCACUUUGGGUUGCAUGGGUUCCUCAGAAAUGUGUCGUGACCUUGCUGGUGAGGUAGAGAAGCUGCUCAAAACAUCCAACUCCUACUUGAGGAAAAAAGCAGCAUUGUGUGCAGUUCAUGUCAUCAGGAAGGUUCCAGAACUUAUGGAAAUGUUCCUUCCAGCCACAAAAAACCUGCUGAGCGAGAAAAACCAUGGUGUUCUCCAUACAUCAGUUGUCCUCCUCACUGAGAUGUGUGAAAGAAGUCCUGACAUGCUGUCCCACUUCAGAAAGUUGGUCCCUCAGUUGGUGAGAAUCCUGAAGAACUUAAUCAUGUCUGGAUACUCUCCUGAGCAUGAUGUGUCUGGCAUAAGCGACCCCUUUCUGCAGGUGCGGAUAUUGAGACUACUGCGAAUUUUAGGCAAGAGUGAUGAUGAUUCCAGUGAAGCAAUGAACGACAUUCUUGCACAGGUUGCAACGAACACAGAGACAAGUAAAAAUGUAGGCAAUGCAAUUCUCUACGAGACUGUACUGACUAUAAUGGACAUCAAGUCUGAAAGUGGACUGAGGGUUUUGGCCAUUAACAUACUCGGUCGCUUCCUUCUAAACAAUGACAAAAAUAUAAGAUACGUGGCUUUGACAUCUCUACUAAAGACUGUACAGACAGACCACAAUGCAGUGCAGAGGCAUCGGAGCACCAUUGUGGAUUGUUUAAAAGACCUGGAUGUGUCCAUCAAGAGACGUGCAAUGGAACUGAGCUUCGCCCUGGUGAACGGCAACAACAUUAGAGGCAUGAUGAAAGAGCUGCUCUACUUCCUGGACUCCUGUGACCCGGAAUUCAAAGCAGACUGUGCAUCGGGAGUCUUUCUAGCUGCGGAGAAGUAUGCCCCUUCGAAAAGAUGGCACAUAGACACCAUUAUGAGAGUCCUGACAACCGCAGGGAGCUAUGUGCGAGACGAUUCUGUUCCCAACCUCAUCCAGCUCAUCACCAACAGUGUGGAGAUGCAUGCCUAUACAGUCCAGAGACUUUACAAAGCACUGCUCGAUGACAUCUCACAGCAACCUCUAGUGCAGGUGGCGUCCUGGUGCAUAGGAGAGUACGGGGACCUGCUAGUAUCUGGACAGUGUGAAGAGGAGGAGCCCAUCCAGGUUACUGAGGAUGAAGUUCUGGACGUGCUUGAAGGCCUCCUGGUGUCCAACCUGUCUACACCUGUGACCCGGGGUUAUUCCCUUACUGCCAUCAUGAAGCUGUCUACUCGCUUCAGCAGUGUGAACCGAAUCAAGAAGGUGGUGUCGAUUUAUGGCAGCAGCAUCGACGUGGAGCUCCAGCAGAGAGCGGUGGAGUACAAUGCGCUGUUCAAGAAAUACGACCACAUGAGGCCAGCUCUCCUAGAGCGAAUGCCCAUUAUGGAGAAAACUGCUUCUAAUGGCCCCACAGAGAUUGCACAGACAAAUGGGGAGACAGAGCCCUCUGUUGAAUCAAAACAUCCACCACCUGUCACCCAGCCAGCCAACCAGGCUAAUGAUUUGUUAGACCUGCUUGGUGGUAAUGAUGUGGUGCCAGUAAUCCAGACCACGGUGCCCACCAAGCUUGCCUCAGCCGGAGGAGAGCUGCUUGAUCUGCUGGGUGAUCUCUCGCUAAGUGGCGGCCCGGCCCCUGCUCCUGCUCCUUCUGUGCCCUCUUCCCAACCCUCUUUCCUCCUGGAUGGCCUCUCCUCACAGCCCCUGUUUAAUGACAUUGCAACUGCAGCUAUUCCUCCUAUGACUGCAUACAACAAGAAUGGACUGAAAAUAGACUUCACAUUUGAGCGAGCUAAUCCCAAUCCAAACAUCGCCGUCAUCACCAUCCAUGCUUCCAACUCAACAGAGGGAGAUAUGACAGACUUUGUUUUUCAGGCUGCAGUACCAAAGACAUUCCAGCUGCAGCUCCUCUCCCCUAGCAGUAAUGUUGUCCCAGCACUCAACCAGGGAACCGUCACACAGGUCAUCAGAGUCCUCAACCCACAGAAGCAACAGCUACGAAUGAGGAUCAAGCUGACGUACACCCUCAAAGGCUCGCCUGUGCAAGACCUGUCUGAGGUUAAUAACUUCCCUCCUCAGUCCUGGCAGUGAUGAGCUGCUUCUGUUGCUCUUAAAAGCCCCCCACCAAGGGAACUAUGAAAACGAUUUUCCUUUCACCUCCCUCCUUCUUCCUAUGGAUCCCCCUGUGACGUCACUGCAGCCCGCUGCCCUCGAGUUGCAUGGGAAGCAGCAGAGCAUCUAACACAGGAGAAAAAUACAGAUGUUGCGAAGACCCUAUUGACUAUUGACAUCACCAGAAUAAUUGGGAAAACAUAUCAAUCAAUGAACUUUCUUUUUUUUCUUUCUCAAUUGGUUUCCAUCAUGUCUUUUGUGUAGUAGUACUAUUUUCCACUUAAACCCUCGCUCUGCACCAUUACAACCCACAAAAGCACAUAUGCACACCAUUUAAUGUGGCACACGUCACCUCUCAAGUCACUGUCGAUGAAGAGUGCUGCCCACUUUGAGCACUGCAGUAACCAUAGUUAUAUUUUAAUUUAUAAUUAAAGCUAAAAUGCAGUUGAAACACUUUGCUCCAUUGAUAUUUAUGAUUGGCUUUGCAUUCAGAUUUUUUUAUAUGAACCUUCAGUCCUAUGAUUGUAGCAGAAAAAGCUUUGAAAGGUCUAUUUAAUGCAGUCAUAAAAUCCUUGGUAACCCUUUUUUUUUUUUUUU